GGGCGACACGCAGGGUAUGGGAAGCGUAAGGGAGAGAAAUAUGGAAGUUUGGCGUCUUUGUUAUCGUGUUGCUGCUGCUGCCGCUGUUACUUAUCUCAGAAUGCACUCUUAAUUAGUAAUAGACGGACAACGGCAAUUAUUGAUUGACUCGUCCAUCCUUCCACAUCUAUCAUCCAUCCACCGACCAACUAAUCAAUCAACCAAUCAAUCGACGAAUCAAUCAACCAAUCAAUCAACAAAUCAAUCAACCAAUCCAUCAACCAAUCAAUCCAAGUGAUAUAAGGAUUGGGCCGGAGCAUGGGGGCGAGAGUUUUUCGGACUGAAAUAGUGGUAAGAAGAGAACAACAAUAACCACAAAGCAGAAGCAGAAGAAGCAGAAGCAGAAGAAGAAGAAGAAGAAGAAGAAGAAGAAGAAGAAGAAGAGCAUUCAUCAUCUAGACGAAGAGAAGAGUUGAUUUGGAGUGGUGUCAUCAUGGUUGACACGUGGCUGUCUCCUCGCCAGCAAACGGAUCAUCAUUGUGAUUGGGUGAUAAUGAUGAUGCUCCGAUGCUCUGGGGGUCUCAUCACACCCCCAUGUUCACCGCCGACGUUCGGCUCCCGCCGGCCACGUGAUACUGAUACCGAUACUAAUAUGCCGCUGCUACCGGUCGUCUGCUGUCGUCGGGGUCUGAGUCGGGGUCGGGGUCAUCUUUUCGACCUACUUUCGGUGAGUGUUCUGCUUUUCGUCUCCGUCCUCACCCUCCUCUGUCCGAUCUACUCGGUCCCUUUCGUCGGCGCGCAGCAGCCAUCUCCUCUCACGGGUCAAGGCAGCUUCCCCUACCCCGACGAGCAAUCCGUGCCCGUCUUCGUCUCUGCCUUCCUGGUUAAACUUCUCUCCGUCGAUGAGGUUAAUUACCGCUUCGAGGUAAUUUUCGAGGCGCACAUUUCGUGGGUGGACCCCCGUGCCAGCUCCGUUUUCCUUUUGGAGCGCGACAAGGAGCGGCAACGGCGGGACAUCCUCGACAGAAUGAAAGCCUGCCACACACAGAAGCUAACGGCCGAGCAAUGCAAAGAGCUGGCGCGCAACGUAACGGCCAGCUUACAAGCGGCGGACGACGGCGGCGGAGGGGGGAACGACUGCCAGAAGCUGUGCAAGAUCACCGGACAGGCCUGCUGCGAUCUGCUGUGGCUGCCGGGGUUCGACCUGUCGAACGCGGCGUAUUUUUCCCAAGACAGGGUUGCUCUCGAGAACAUCGACGUCAAUUUGACCAGCAGCGCCGUCGCUAGGACCGUACGGAUACACGGCUGGUUCACGACGCCGCUUUCCUUCGAGAAAUUCCCGUUCGACAAGCAGAAAAUUCAAAUUUUUCUCGCCUCCGAAGGCAACGGUAACUUUUACAUCGAGCCCAGCGAGCUGGGAAUGGACGGUCAGGGAUCAGCGCUGAUGCUGGAGCAGACGAGCGAUGAUUUGUCGGGAUGGCAGGUGGACAACGUCUCGUACGACUGUCAUCCGAAGAAGAUCGCAAAGAAUGUGAUAAGAGCAGCAGCGCCGACGGAUCCGAUGGCGUGGGCGGGAGCGAGAGCACCGGUAGGAGGAGGAGGAGGAGGAGGAGGAGGAGGAGGAGGAGGAGGAGGAGGAGGUGAAGCUUCCAAUAAUGGCAGAUCCUAUCUAGCCUACUCUACAAUGCUGCCGGAUGACGUCAACAGCUUCACCGAAGUACGAGCAGAUCUCGGACAAUGCCGUCGCCUCAAGCACCAGAAGGAGGACGGCGCAAGUGGCAGCUGCCACACUGCUGGGAGGAGGACGGAGGGGGGUGACGAGGUGGCACUGUGGCGGGGGUACAGCAUUCUCAGCAUGCUGCAAGCUAGGAGUGAGGGCGAGGGGGAGGAGUGACGUCGCGGAAGAAGGGGAACAGCAACGGCGCGAGGAGUAAUGGCACUAUUGAGCUACUUGGGAGGUCAGUUUCUCUCUCUCUCUCCGCGUGUGUGUGGGGGGGGGGGGGGGGGGGGGGGGGGGGGGUGAAUUUUUUUUUCCUCUCUCUCUCUCUCUAUUUUUCUCUCUCUCUCUCUCUCGCUCUCUCUCUCUCUCGCGGCGCUGAAAUUUGCAUUAUAUGCGACUGAAUGCAAAUUAUAGAUCUGGCUAGAUUCGUCCAAAAAUGAACGUAACAGCCAUGAAUCAAGAUUCAAGCCGUUC